AUGGCACCUAAUGCCCCUGAGAUCAUCCCUUCUUUGCCUGUCGCAAUGGAGGUACCGGUCCUCCCGGAAGACGGUCAGGGAAAUCCUGCUCCGCCCUCAACGUCCCCUGCUCAAACCAACUCCGACAACCCGCGCGGACUCAUCCGUUUCCACGACCAAGUCGAUGUGGUCAUGGAGGACGCUGCGGACAUGCGGACUUACCAGAUGGUCGCCUAUGAAGACUUUAUUGAGAAUGGGCACGUUCUGAGUCGGUCCCAGAAACGUAUUCACCGUAUUCCGCCCGCAUUUCGCGCCUAUCACAACCGAAUCGCGCGAGCUUAUGGGGACAUCCAGCAUUUUCUCGACCAAGUCGCCAAGCUGGACACUGGCAUGACGGCGCGUCUUCAAGAACUCCACAACAAAGUCAAUCGGGACUACAACCGCGUAGUUCGGGAACUCCAGGCGUCACGAUCUCGAGUCGAAGCCCUCAUUUCCACUAACCAAGAGGCCCUCCAAUGGCACCUGCUCGACUUUCAGCAGCAUACUUGGAAAGGAGUUGCCAACCGAGUCACUGAGACAAAUGAGCGGAUAUUGUCCUAG